AUGAAUGAUAAGAAUGACCAGGAUCAUAUGAAAUUGUUGUUCGAUAUAUUUUUAGGACUACGUCCUAAACUUAUCUCUGGUACUCCGAAAUGCUAUGCCGACGUCAUGAUCAGAUGCUGGGAUGCUGACCCAUUAAAAAGACCAUCUAGCGAUGAAUUAUUAAGUAUAAUUACUGCAUGGAACAAUCGUUCUAGGGACAAGAUUCAAUUUGAGUCAGUCGAUAUAAAAACUCAAGGACUUAAAAAACGCCAACGUCAGUAUUUCGACCUAAACUCUUCCCAAAGACUUGAAAUAAUGAAUUCGAAUUUGAAUUACAGUUCGAUCCCAAGUCUGAAACAUCCGAAAUUGGCGAAAACGAACGAAACUGGGAGAAACUUGAACUUUGUA